CAUCUCUCCCCAUCGUUCCCCUUUGCACUUCUCUCUCUCUCUCUCUUCGGUGGAGUGGAGUGGAGAGAAGAAAGAAAUGGCUCCGCCGCCUCAUUUCCUCCACCCAUGUUCUCGUAUUCCCCUUUCUGCCCCUCUCGUCCUCUUUCUUUUACUUCUUCUUCCUUCUGUGUCCGUGGCGGUUAACGUCACCGCCAUCCUCGCGGCGCACUCGGACUUCUCCGGCUUCAACCGUCUGCUGAGCUCGAGCCCGGUUGCCGGUGACCUCACCCGGCGGUCAUCGCUCACCCUCCUCGCCGUCCCCAACGCCUACCUCCUUCGCUCCGGCGACCUCGGCCACUCCACUGCCGACAUCGCCGACGUCCUCCGCUACCACGUCCUCCUCGAGUACCUCUCCUGGGCGGAACUCCGCCGCAUCCCCGCCGCCGGCAAGCUCGUCACCACCCUCUACCAGACCACCGGCCGCGCCUUCAAUAAUCUGGGGGCCGUCAACCUCACCCGCGACCCCCGCGGCGGCUCCGUCACCGCCCACUCCCCGGUUCCCUACUCCUCCUCGAACGCCACUAUCCUCUCUCUCGUGGAGUCGCUGCCGUACAACGUAAGUAUAUUUGCGGUGGAUGCGCUGCUGGUGCCCUACGGGUUUGACCUGGCGGCGUCGGAGAGCCGGCCGGCGGCGGCGCCGGUGAACAUCACCCGGGUGCUGUUCGACGGGCGGGACUUCAACGUUGCGGCGUCGAUGCUGGAGGCGUCCGGGGUGGCGGGGGAGUUCGACGCAGACGAGCGCGGGGCUGGGAUCACGGUGUUCGUGCCCACCGACGAGGCAUUCGCCGAGCUGCCGGUGACGGAGCGGCUUCAGUCGCUGCCGGCGGAGCGGAAGGCGGUGGUGCUACGCUUCCACGUGCUCCCCUCCUACUACCCGCUGGGCUCCCUGGAGUCCAUCUUGAACCCGGUCCAGCCGACGCUUGCCACCGAGGCGACGGAGGCCGGCCGGUUCACGCUUAACAUCACCCGGGUGAACGGCUCCGUGGCGAUCGACACCGGCGUGGUCCAGGCCUCCAUCACCCGGACCGUCUUCGACCAGAACCCCGUCGCCGUCUUCGCCGUCUCGAGGGUUUUACUUCCGAAGGAGAUCUUCGGCAAGGACUCGGCGGGCGGGGGAGGGCCAAGGCCUGGACCGGGAAGCGGAGCGGAGGCGGCUCCGCCGCCGGAGCAGCCAGGGGCGUCCGCGCCGGAGGGGCCUGACGGGGUGGAAACGCCACCGACGAGACUUUCAUCGCCGCCGGGUUUCAAAGGGAACAUUAGAUCAUCCGCAGCGAGGUAUCGGGGUUCUAUCUUCAAUGGAGUUGCUCUGUUGUGUAUAGGCUACCUGUAUCUACUACUGGUAUGAGAUCUGGGAUUCUUCUCAUCCUUUCUUCUGAAUUUUGUUUUCUUUUUCUUGGAUUUCAGAAUUUUGUAUACGAAAAUUCGAAUUCUGGCUGCAAAGCAGCGAUUUUUUUUUUUUUUCCUUUUUCGAUAUCUUGGAGUGAUUAUUAAUGGGGGACGGAAAUUUAAAUUUAA